AUGUACUUCGGAGUGUCAAAAAUAUCAAAUUUGAUGGGAGAUCAACGACACAUCGUCAUGUGCCUAGGCACGUGUCCAUAUAUGAUGAUACUGGAAUAUAGAACAUAUUUUAAUGUUGGCAGAUCUAAGUCUGUUGGCAAGUCUGGCUUAUCCGAGUUUUGCAAUUGGGCUGUGGUGUUUUACAUAAUUGGUAUCAAGAACAACUUUCUAAACAACUUGCCAGUAACUUGGGAUGGCCUUCCAGGACUGUUUUUAGAUCAUUUUGUAGAGGGUUCCAUAUUUUUUUUUUCUCAGCCUGUGGCUGACCUACCUACCCAACCCCUGGUCGGACUUUGGAAUCCUAGGACCCCCUUGCCUACUAUCGUCGAGAAGUAG